UCCUGCCCCAAUUUCCGUCGACCCCACGGCCUACCCGGGUAGCCGCCGCUCCUUUAUGUAGUUCGGGGGCACCGAGAUCUGACCUCUUCGGGAUUCCCGCCGGCCUCCUGCUUCCCAGGGCAGCCCGCCCGCCCGGUGGAUCCUGGCACCUUCAGAGGGGUGCGCGGCAGGUCAGGAGCGAUGGGUUGCAGAAAGUGCCUGGUGGUGUUGGGGAGAGAGAGCCAGGACUGCCCGCGUUGAGCCCCGCCGUUCCUGCCGGUGCCUGCGUCUGAUAAGGGUCCGCGUGAGAAGUCAGGGUAGCGUGAGGGUGCGCGGCCGUUUCGUUGUUGGUGCGUGUUUUAUGGGUUUGGAGAUGAGUGGGUAGGUGGGGAGACGUUCCUAUCCGGCAGCUCCUAGUGGGUGGUGUGGAUGCCAGACCUGCCUGCCGCCGAGCUUCCACAGGCCCACGCACCAUCUAGGAUCCCCAGAAGGGCCUCCAUGUGGUAAGUGACAAACGUGCAUACUUCACGGUGGAAAGGGCCACAGCAGCCCUCAUCCCAGACCUCCUUGGCCACGGCGCUGCCCUAGAUGUGCUCUUUCUUCCCUAGACCUCGAGAAGCAGUAGGUACCAAGCCAUUCAGUUCUUAGGGACUUGCGGGGUCCUGUUCUCCAGGUUUCAGGUCUUUGAAUUCCCUGAUAAGAAAGAACCGACCCAAGCCCUAGGCUCACCCAGCCAUUGACCUGGAGGAAGGGCUAGAGCCUGCAUAGUCACUGCUGCCUUGGGACCUUGGCAUUUGGGUUCAGAGGCCUAGGCCGAAGCAUCUGGGGUGAGCCUCUCACCGCUUGCGAUUCUCCUUAACCUCUCUUUCCAUCCAGCGCUCAUACCAGGUGUUUGCCAACAUCUUUUGAGACAGGGUGGUUUCCAACCUGUUCUUUCCGUCCUGGACUGCAUCCUGACGUCCAGCUUUGGCCAUCUAGGGCCACCAGCCCUGUCACCUCCACCCCAGCUCACACAGAAGAAAACAGGUGCCACCCUGGAGUCCAUUGGAUGGAAUGAGUGAGAGGGACAUUUCGGGACUUCUGACAUCAGGCCUGGGGAGCAACGCACCCCUGCGUCCCCCUUCCCCACUUUAAGGAGCAGCCUCUUGGCUCCCUGGCUGGGUGCUGUCCUCCGCACCCCAAAGCCUACUCAGAGAAACAGCCCUAGGACGCCCUGCCUGCCAUCUGGCCAUGCUUUACAACUCCAGCCACAGCAGAGGCGUGGCCUCCGUAGAUAAUGCCCUGAAGGGGCAAGACAGAGACAGGGAAGGAGUAUGGACAAGAGCCGGGGGAGCUCUGGCCCCCAAUACCUCCUUCUCAUUCCCUCCUGAGCCUCCAGGAGCCUCGGGCAGCAUCAUUCCGGUCUAUUGUGCCCUCCUGGCCACUGUGGUCCUUGGUCUCCUUGGCUACGUGGCCUUCAAAUGCUGGCGCUCACAUCAGCAAAGACAGCAGCUGGCCAAAGCCAGGACUGCAGAGCUGGGGGCCCUCAGCAGGGACCAGAGGCUUGGCGACAGCAGCGUCUUCAUGGACUUGCCUAGUGGUCUAGAGUCCUGUGUCUCCAGCCAGGGACCACACACUGACCUCGGCUGCAGACUUUACCUUCACCUCCUGAGACAGCAGCAGGAGGAGGUGGAGCGGCUCCUAGAGGUGUCAGUCGAACCUGACAAGGGCUGGCGGGGCUUAGCAGCUCGCCUUGGGUACCAGGCUAAUGCUGUAGAGACCAUGGCCCUGGGCCAGGUUCCAGCCUAUAACCUGCUGAGGGACUGGGCCACCCAAGAGGGCAACAGGGCUACCCUCAGUGUAUUACAGGAUGCCCUGGCUGCCAUGGGCCGGGAAGAUGUGAUUCAUGUUCUGGGAACCCCCGGGGAGGGCUACUCUGUGGUGUGACAUCUCGCAGCCUGCUCUGUGCUCCCCACCACCCCUGCUUCCCCACACAGCUUCCCCUUCGGGGUUUCUAGCAUUGCAGGCUAUGGGUUGCAUAGUUGGAGGGAGGGGCACGGGACCCAGCAGCAACUCAAGUCUCUUGUGCUUCCCUCCUAGAAAGUGACCAGGAUAGUGGAAAUGGGGGGAGCAGGCCGUGAGGCGGGGGUCCUGCCCUCCCAAUCCCACACCGCCUGCCUCCCCUUAUCUAGGUGCAACUCUUUUUCUACUUUUGUAUCGUAUAUUAAAGGUGUCUUUGGA